AGAGCAACUUCCUUUUUUAAUAGCGGUCAGCAAGACUACACUUCUUUAGCACAAUUUAAUACGAAUGUUCGAAACAUAGAAGACAUUUACUCUAAAUAUGUUAUCCAGAACUACAAUCGGCAUUGCAGCGGCAAGUGCUGGGAUUUGCUUCAUAGGUUAUUGUUUCUACUUUGACCGGAAAAGAAGAAAUGACCCUGAUUUUAAGAGAAAGCUGAAAGAAAGUGUGUCAUCAUUCUAAAUUUAAAUUAAUUAAAUGAUUUAUACGUAUAGUUUAUCUCAUAAUUAUAUUAUUAAUGAAAGGUACUUAUAUGUGUUGCUAGUUACCUAUAACGGCUAUAAUUAAGUCAAAUGCAGUUAGAAGCAGGGCCGGUGAUGUCUUCCAUUGUAUAUAUGUCAUGGAGUUUAUUUAUUUAUUUAUUUAUUUAGGCAUUUUUAUAUAGCGCUUAUCAUAAAGCUCUAAGCGCUUUACAAUUAUUAAAACAUGUGAACUAAGUAAAAUAAAAAUGAGACACUAGGAUAGUAACUACCAACUACCAGUACCAGCCAUAGUUCCUUAUUCAAAAGAUUUUUAAAAAUAUAUUUUGUCUUGAAAAUUGUGUCAUGUGUCCCUCCAAAAAUUAUUUAGUUUCUUAUUUUGAACAGCUAAACAUCAACCUUUUUAUAACAAACCAUUCAAAAAUGUAGGCGGUUUUUCCAAAUGAAUUUAGGCCAGAUUCUUUACUUUUAAGGUAUGGAAAGGUUUUACAUCAAAAGUUAUGGUAGUUAAAUUAGUAAGGGAUGGGGAGGAGUGGGUUAAAUCAGAAAAGUAGCCACUCCACUAAUAAUAAGCACUGGCACUGCCAAAUUAACCAGAGGAACCUUCCGUUAUCUAUCUUGUGAAAGAUGUUGCCUUCAUCCUGUCAAAAGUACACAAGCCCCAAAAUAUAAAUAUGAUAUAAAAGUAAAGCAUACUAUAUAUAUUAGGCUUAUCACUUGUCCUCAUCCUAAAUAUGAAUCAUUAACAUCAUUUUAUGAUGCAGUAUAAAAAUACAUUUUCUUGUCAUUUCUUUUUUAUUCAUUAAAGAGAGGAAAUCUGCAAAGCAUCAGAAAUCAAAAAGUGGUGGAACUAGGGUAAGUAUUGAAUUCUAAUUUUAGCUUAUUAAAAUUAAAUAUCCGGUGAUAUGUUUAAUAUUGACAUUUUACAUUACAAGAAUUUUGAACUUCCAAGAAAACAGUAAACGGGUACAGAUAGCUUAUGUCAUGUUUUUGUACGGGUACCAGUAUUAGAAGUUUUUGUUCAUGAAAUAAUUAAUCCUUCUUCUUUUUACCUAGCUACCAGACCUUACAAAUCCUGAAGCAAUGCAAAGGUUUUUCCUACAGGAAGUCCAAAGAGGAGAGGAACUACUUGCUACUGGCAAGAAUUUUUUUAAUUUAUUUAUUUAAGUAUACAUUUUUUCAUGGUUCUAGAAAACAUUAAAUAUUUUACCCAUUUCUUAUAUUAUAAUAAUAAGCUCUGGGUUAUUUGAACUUUAUAUAUUAUACCCACAUGAGAUACCAGUAGUAAAAACUAAAUGCAACAAAUAAAAUUUGGGUGAUACUGAACCCAGAUAGUAAGCUGAUGACACUGAUAUUCCCUUGUAAUCAUAUAAUUUCAAUUUAUCACCAAGUUAUUAGCAGUUUUGAAGAGAAGCAUUUAUUUGUAUUACUUUAUGAUAAAUUAAAUCACCUUAUAAAAACAUGUUUUAAAUUUAUUUUUUAUCUUCUUUUUUUUCUUUUCAUGAACAGGAGACAUCGAAGAAGGUGUGGAGCAUUUGAGUAAUGCCGUAGCUGUUUGUGGGCAGCCACAGCACCUGCUGCAAGUGCUACAGCAGACAUUGCCUCCACAAGUGUUCGCCUUGUUGGUACAGAAGCUGCCUUCUGUUGGAGCGGUAAGAGCAGAGUUAGAAAAAUAUUUACAGGGAUAAAUUAUUUCUAUAAACCUUAGUUCCCAGGUUAUAAAAUACCGUAAUUUAAAACUUGAAAGAAAUCAAUCCCUGUACCGGGUAUUAGUAAUGACAUUGAGUUUUAAAUUUCCCUUUAAAUAGCCAAUGGUGGAGUCUCUUACUUGUCGCAUGAACACUUUCUAUUUUUAUGUUUACUUUUACAGAAUAAAUGGCAAAUACCAUUUUUAAAAAUCUUAGAACCUAUUGUUAAAUAUGGUUUUAUAUUCUGGUCACUCUAUUAAAUUUGUUUUUAAUAGCGCCUAGCCAUGGCAGGGGCCGGUGGUGCUGCUGGACAGGGUCUGUCACCUGAUCAAGGUGUGAUUGAUGAAAUCGUGGACUAGAACAAUCCUGGAAUCUGGGUGUCACUAUCACCCAUUGCUGCAGUGGGAAUGUUCACAGCUUGAGUGGCAUGUUAGAAUAUAUGAUUUUAAAUUUAUUUUAAAUUGCGUGUGAUCAGAAAUGUGAGAUGAAUGCUAGAUUUCAACACAGACCAAUACAAACUUGUAAUAGUAAUAACUAAACGGACUGCAUUGGAAAAUGCCUUUCUGCCAUUAAUUUAUACUAGUGUUGUCAAACUUUUUAUUUUAAUAAAUCAACCAUGUGCAUUGUUAUGCCUUCCAUGGUGGUACUAUCAAAAUAUUAUAAUGUAAGUAACAUUUUUAAACAGUUGUCAGGGCUUAUUUUAUUUAAGAAAUGACUGUAUACUGAAUCUUUUUUAAUAAUUCAGACGCAAUACAGCUAGGAGGGUCCCAAACCUUUACUAAAAUGUGCAUCCUAUGUCAACAUUUUUUAACUGAAAAUUUUGUGUUAAAAAUAACGGACUCUUAAGCAGGGAUCCAGUUGGAUUCAAAACACUAGCAUCACAUACCUUCACCUCAUAGUUGACAAUUAGUCUAGGAAUUCUUUUUAAAAAAUUUACUGAAAAUGGUUCCCUACCCUGCUGUAUUAACUAUUGUAAUGUCAUUAAUUAUUAUGAAAUUCACUUUGCCAUGUGACAUAGGUACAUAAUCUGCGAGCAUUCAAAAUGUGUUGACCCUUACAGAUUUAUAAAAACUGACAUUUUGAUAUCUACUUGUUAGGCAAAUCAGUUGUACUUUUCGUUGACAUAAUGUGGUCAUUUUGUUUCCACGUCUCGUAAAAUGAAUAAGCUCAAAAUGGCAGUAACCUGUAUUUGAUUUGAGCAACUGUUGAGUGAAGCGGGCAUGGCUUGUUACAUUAGUUGUAUUAUACUUGAUAUCAUUAAAUCAUUUUUUUAUCACAAUGGUGGUCGCUAGUCAUAUCUUUCAUUCUUACCAUAAUUUAAAUGUAUGUUAUCCUGCCUGUUUACCCAAGUGGAAGUGGUGUGAACUCAACCCUGAUCCUGUACACAUGGUGUCAUGUGUUAUUUGAGG